GUGCCUGCUUGUAUCUACUGUCCUCUGCCGCUGGGUCGCUGACGAUGCCGAGUGGAGCGGGGCGCCUCUACGUUUCUGUGUGCGGCUACAACCGCAGUUGCGAAGACUGAAGUCGGAUGAGACGGGAGAGGGGCUUGAAAAACGACGAUGGAUGGUCCGAGCUGUUUCUCAUCGCCCGGACAGCUUUAACAUCGGGGGAAACGCGUGGAUUUAUUAAAGGGUCAACGUUUAGGGCUUCACUUUGUUGACAUACAGUGUGCGGCAGAAUGAUCGAGGAAGGCAGUAAACGAGGCAAGGCCAUGGUGGAGAAGAGACAGCUCUUCAUGGAAAUGAGAGCUCAAAACUUUGAUGUCAUCAGACUGUCAACUUAUAGGACUGCCUGCAAACUUCGGUUUGUGCAGAAGAGAUGUAACCUUCAUCUGGUGGAUGUCUGGAACAUGAUCGAAGCCUUUCGUGACAACGGGCUCAACACAUUGGACCACAAUGCUGAAAUCAAUGUGUCACGACUGGAGACUAUUCUGUCUUCCAUCUACUACCAGCUCAACAAGCGGCUGCCCACCACCCACCAGAUCAAUGUGGAACAGUCCAUUGGGCUCCUGCUCAACUUCAUGGUGGCCACAUAUGAUAGUGAAAGCCAUGGGAAGUUGACAGUUUUCUCAAUGAAAGCCAUGCUGGCAACAAUGUGUGGAGGGAAGAUUGUUGACAAACUACGCUAUAUUUUCUCGCAGAUCUCCGACUCCAGUGGCGUCAUGGUGUUUGCAAAGUUUGAUCAGUUCCUUCGGGAGGUGCUGAAACUCCCCACAGCCGUGUUCGAGGGCCCAUCAUUCGGCUACACGGAGCACUCAGUGCGGACGUGCUUCCCUCAGCAGAAGAAGAUCAUGCUGAACACAUUUUUGGAUGUGUUGAUGGCAGAUCCUCCCCCGCAGUGUCUUGUGUGGCUGCCGCUCAUGCACCGACUUGCUAAUGUUGAAAAUGUCUUCCAUCCGGUGGAAUGUUCUUAUUGCCGGAGUGAGAGCAUGAUGGGUUUCCGGUAUCGGUGCCAACAGUGCCAUGGCUACCAGCUCUGUCAAAGCUGCUUCUGGCGUGGCCAUGCUAAUGGUCCCCAUAGCAACCAGCACCAGAUGAAGGAGCACUCGUCUUGGAAGUCUCCGGCUAAAAAGCUGAGCCACGCCAUCAGUAAAUCGCUAGGCUGCGUCCCCAUCGGAGAGCCGCCACAUCCCGUAUUCCCCGAGCAGGCCGAGAGACCACAGGAGCUCACCCACACUGUUCAGCCGAAACCAGCGGCCAACAACAUGAACGACACAAUGCUCUUGUCCUCUGGGGCACCUACUCCUACUAAAAGUGUCUUGGAGAGUCCCAGCCGGCUAGAUGAAGAGCAUCGCCUCAUCGCUCGAUACGCUGCCCGCCUGGCAGCUGAGGCGGGCAACUCCACACAACAAUGUCCUCCAACAGAUCUCAGUUUCAACUUUGAUGCCAAUAAGCAGCAGAGGCAGCUGAUUGCAGAGCUGGAGAACAAAAACAGAGAGAUCCUGCAGGAAAUCCAGAGGCUGCGUUUGGAGCAUGAACAGGCCUCUCAGCCGACACCAGAAAAAGCCCAGCAGAACCCCACACUCCUGACCGAACUACGACUCCUCAGACACAGGAAGGACGAGCUGGAGAGGCGCAUGUCAGCCUUGCAAGAGAGCAGACGGGAGUUGAUGGUGCAGCUGGAGGGUCUCAUGAGGCUGCUAAAGGAUGAGGAGCAGAAGCAGGCUUCACAGUCUGGAGGCUCCCCUCACUCUUCUCCCAGCCACGGUGCGGGCUGCUCAAUGCCUAUGCCCAUACGUUCCACCUCGGCUGGGUCCACCCCAACUCACACACCACAGGACUGCCUGGCAGGUGUGGGAGGGGAUGUGCUGGAGGCCUUUGCUCAGGGUGUACCUAGAAAUCUUCGGAAUGAUCUUUUAGUUGCUGCUGACUCAAUCACAAACACCAUGUCGUCACUGGUGAAAGAGCUUCACUCAGUGGACGAUGGCGGAGAGGAUGAGGAGACCAAUAUGAGGAAUGGUGGAGACAGAGGCACAGUGAGAUUACAGAAGCACUGAGGGAAAGAGAACACCAUCCCAUCCUGUAAGGACAUACAGUCAUUAACUGGGAAGAAUCAGCAACAAUAACAACAACAACCCCCCUGGCAUUAGCACGUAGAGUAAUGCAUGCUGUAAUCUAACAGGAUUUCACUAUGUGAAAAAAAAAAAAAAAGUUUCUUCACACCUUGCUGGUAGCAAGAUGUGUAUAAUUAGCAAGUAUGUAUGUUGUCCUGUAAACAAAAAUGCUGUAAUUACCCAAUGAUUUCCCUCAUGACUGCUAAGGAAUGGCUUGCUGUGCUUUCUCUCUCAACUGUUCCACCGCAGCAGAUCAUUCUGUAUAUAAGAUUCUGUACACACAUGACCUUGGGAAUGCCCCGACAUGAAGGCGACCUGCUGUCACCACAUGUUCCCUGUCAUUGCUUUUUGUAUGAUUAGCACUAGCAUUUCUUUUUUUUCUGUUUUGAUAUUUUUUGCAUGACGUUGCACUCGUGUCUUGAUAAAGGUACUGUACCACACUAUGCCAGCUCUUCGUGGGUUUAUGAUGACAGCUGGAGUGUCAGAAGUGUCCUGCCUCAGAAUUCAUGCUGAGUGUGUUUACCUGCACAUCUGUAUUCUGCCACUCUAGUCUCCAAUAGCAAAGACGCUCUAUGCUCUAGUCACAGCCUGGAGAAAAGCUUCAUAUUAAGGAAUAUUUCAUUUCCUUUCUCGUAGUGCUAUGAAAGGAUUGAGCUGGGACAAAAUUAGAUUAAUCUAGUAUAAAAGCUGGAGGAGGGUUAGCUGGUCUGUCUCAGGGAAUUUUUUUCCCUGGGAAAUGGCUAACUUAGCUUUGUCUGGGAAAAAUAAAAUAAAAUCACCAGAUUGUUUGGUAUUUGGUUGUUUUUUCUAUUUUUCUUUAAACGAAUAUUUAAAAGCAAGCAUAACCAAGUUAGCUGUCGAGCGCCCGCUUCUAGCCAACAAUACUGGCUUAGGUCUGAGUCACACAGGUCUAGAAACCAGUAAAUGAGCCCCUGGUUGCUAGCCGAAACUAGUUGCACAUAAGGUGAUGCAUCAAAAACCUUUAUCUGGCUACCUGUAGUUUGCACUGAAGAUGGUAAUUUGUCUGCAAGCAACAAUGACGCUGUGAAAAGUGUGAGAAAAAAAAAAUCAAAGUUUCCUUAUCGUCUGCAACCAACACAUUUCAAAAGACUUUUACUUUGAUGCAAAAGUUCCCCAUUUUUCUGGUUUCUGUUUUACUAUAAACAGUUUCGCUACAGCUUGGUGAGUAGUUUGCAAAUGUUUGCAGACAAGUCUUUCAUGCAAACUGCUGGUGACCAUGGCAACCUUUUAGCGACCAUGGCGAUUGCAAGGAUUGCAGUUGUUCUGCAUUUAUCUUCCAGACCAGAGUACACAUGUGACACUGAUUUUGAUUUUCUCCUUUUGGCAAGAAAGCAAGCAGAUGUAGUCCCCAGAAGGCUGAAUUUUUCCUUUAAUCAUUUCAAAAAAAUCUUGGAAUGAAUAAGGAAUAGCAUGGAACUAUUACCUCUGUUGUUUCCAGAAUAUCAGGAGCAUGUAAACACACUCGCUGAGUCUAUACUAUUCUGCUGCUAAUGUGCUCUCAGUGAGCAAACCCUUGCAAAUAAAGAGGGCUGUGCGCUUACAAACCGAGGGGCUGCUCUAUACACAAUAAUGAGCCGAGCCUUGUUUCCUCCCAGUGAAAACUGAACCACCUGAAGGGCAUUGUACCGCUCAGCACAGCAUGGUGCCUCCUUGCAAACGACACUGACUAGCUGGUAGCCUCAGUAUUUAUUGUUUAAAGCAGUGUUUCCCAACCACUGUGCCGCGGCACAUAGGUGCGCCGUGAGAAAUGAUCAGGUGUGCCGUGGAAGAUUAUCUGUUUCCACCCGAUUAUUACUCUAAGCGACUAGCAGAACUAUUACAUUCUGUUCCACUAGAGGGCAGUACAACUACCUGCUCUAAUUAAAUGGGUUGCCCUAGCAUGAGUAGUGGUCAGAAGAAAGCAAGAAAAGUAUACUGGGGACAAACCAAACCAAUAUCGCUAUGCCCGGUGGCGGGGAAAAAUUAUCAGUAUGCUUUUUUGUGACAUUUUUGUUUGGUGGUGUGUCGUGUGAUUUUUCUAAUGGGAAAUAUGUGCCGUGGCUCCAAAACGUUGGGAAGCACUGGUUUAAAGUAUAGAGAAGCACCUCAGGAUGUUAAAUAGUAAUGAAUUAGGCACUGACUUUUAGUUUUGAGUUACAAAAUUUGAGGAUUUAAGGUUUUAGUGAGCAAGUAGAUAAUGUUUUAAUAGCUUUAUUUAGUUAUUUCGAGAAUAUUGACAAUGUGUAUGUGCAAUGAAGGUAGGUGCUCAGGGACUGCAGAGGUAAUUUAAGUGAAAUGUGAUGGUAACAUGAAGAAAUCUUUUGCCACAAACUAAGACCAAUGUUAAUUGAAGAUGGAGGAUUUAACUGCAGAAUAGUGCACAUUAUAUCCACUGUUUAAGUUCUUUGACUUAGUUGUGGUCACUGGUUUUGUUGAAGUUUCCCAAAAUAGUUUCACAUUUUACCAAGUCAAGUAUGUUUUAUUUAAGAAAGAAACUAUUCAAGUAAUCAGUGAAGAAUAACAGACAGCGAUUAAUUGUGCUGUAAAGGAUUUGGAUUCGAAGAAGAGGAGAUUUCAGUGAAGCAUGUCAUUGAAUAUAGAUUGUCUGUGUGUGAAUUUGUACUUUUUGUGGAAAAGCAGAGUGAUCCGCCUGUUAAGGAGGCAGCUGUUAACAUGAAAGGAAGUUUAUCCUACGUCACUAGUAGAGCGAGUCUCAGUUAAUUUGACAUUUUUGUCUAGCUCACUGUUUUGUCCUUCAGAGUACCCAUUCAUCUCAAAUGAAAACAGGCAAUGUCGGGUUUUUAAGUAAAUGCUUGAUUGGUAAACGUUGGUGAGCAGUUUAGGAGGGAUGUGUUCAGUCCCAGAAAGAAGCGCAGAGUAAAGUCUGCCUCAGUUGAACUACAAAAAGUGUGAUCUAUUUAUUUACAUUUUUUUUUUUUUUUUUUUGCUUUGAGAUUUGUAAAUUAAGCCUGUGCUAUAAGCUAAGUAUAGGGUUUGAACAACCUGUUACACUGUGUCAAGAAAAACAACAAAAAGACACUCCUCUGUUAUUGUUGUUCUUAAUGUGAUGUUUUUCAUUAAGUUCUCUUUUCUGCUCUGCGUUGUCAUUACUGUUAUUAUGGUUUACAAUAUUAGUGGAGUAUAGUUAUUGUAAUGAUUUUGUUGGAAUAAGGAUUCACUUGUAUAAUUGCCCAAAUAUAAUAUAUAGCAGGUGCCGUAAAUUACAAUUCUGGGACCCCUGCUGUCAAAAAGUUCAUCCGGCGUCAAAGGUCCCAAAAUUACAAAAAUGCAGAGGUAAAAAUUUAGCGAGUUACUGUCUUCCCUGUCAUUUCAACCAUGCAUUCCGGUGCAAAACUGAGCUUUCCGUUUGUUCUUUCAGUUCGUGCCUGUAGCUGUUCUGUAGAGUGCUGUACAAAGUAAUCAUUCAGCAAAUACUGUCAGCCUUUAUGUCAGUUUUAGCUUUUGAUUUUAUUUAUUUAUUAUGUUCUGGGGGAAACUUACUCAUGCUCAGCCUUUACAUUUGUGCCAAACUGUUUGCAGACAUUGUGUGUCAAAUUCCAGGUAUAUAUCAAAGUAUAUCUGCAUUAGUACGUUGUUGCUCAUAGUUUAUUCACAGAAUGCCUGAAGAUGUUCGUAUUUAAUGAUUUCAUCCGCUGGGAAAAACAAACAAACAAAAACAAACUCAUAUUAAAUAUUUCAGAAAAAAAGAUAAUUAAAAAAACCACACACACAUUCCAGAUCUACUGAUAGAGAGUCACUGAUGUCAUUUUAACCAACGCAGAGGCAAUACUGUAUGUAUAUACCCUGUCAGACCUAACUCGGGGUAAUACAAUUAUAACAUAGCUGGUCACACAGAGGUGCAUACAUCGUGAUCCUUUUAAUGUUUGCAGAGAGACAAUGUGUAACGAGGACAACCUCGGCGACAACGCUCCCCUGAUGUUAUUUAUCUAUGUAUGUGUUCUGUAUGGUUAUGCUUCUGGUACCCAUUGUUUCUCAUGUUGAUUUUACAAAACAGAGUUUUAUGUCACAAAGCCACUGUCUUUUGUAAAUAAAUCAAAUGUGAGAUAUAUUAAAAAGAUUUAAAAUAUG